UGGCUUUGGCUUCUUUAGGUUUCCUCAAGUAGAUUGUUUCUUCUGUAACGUAAACUCACAAGACUCUCAACUUUUUCUUUUCUUUAAACGUUUUUUUUAAUACAUUUAUGUCAUCUCUCACUCCCUCUUCCCUAUCAUCAAUCUUUUCUCACUUUCAAUUUCUUUAGCUUUUCAUUUUUUUCCCAAAAUUUCUUUGAAAAACCUUCCAUCUUUAUGUUCUUCUCUUGAGUUUUUGGACCCUUUUUCGAGUUUUCACCGGGAGAAGGAAGGAUAUAAAAAAUGGCAAGUGGUGGCGGAGAAAAUGCAGUGGCGCCGCACAAACAGGACGAUCUUCAGCCUCAUCCGGUCAAGGAUCAACUUUCCGGCAUCACUUAUUGCCUCACAAGCCCUCCUCCUUGGCCGGAGACAAUACUUCUAGGGUUUCAACACUACUUGGUGAUGCUUGGAACGACCGUUCUCAUUCCCACUAUGUUAGUUUCAAAGAUUGAUGGACGAAACGAAGACAAGGUCAAGCUGAUUCAGACAUUGCUCUUUGUGUCUGGACUCAACACGUUAUUACAAAGCUUCUUUGGGACUCGUCUUCCCGCUGUCAUUGGAGCUUCUUACUCUUAUGUGCCCACCACAUUUUCAAUCAUCUUGGCUUCUCGGUACAGUGACAUUCUUGAUCCUCAGGAGAAAUUUGAGAAGAUCAUGUGUGGAAUCCAAGGAGCGCUUAUUAUUUCCUCGUUACUCCAGAUCCUUGUUGGUGUCAGCGGCCUUUGGCGCAAUGUAGCAAGGUGUUUGAGUCCCUUAUCUGCGGUACCUCUUGUGGCGUUUGCUGGCUUUGGACUCUAUGAACAAGGAUUCCCUCUGCUAGCAAAAUGCAUUGAGAUUGGACUGCUUGAGAUCAUACUACUUGUCACAUUCUCUCAGUACAUUCCUCAUCUGCUGCAAGGAGAAAGAUACUCCAUCUUCUUCCACCGCUUUGCAGUUAUAUUCUCAGUGGCGAUUGUCUGGAUCAUCGCAAUAGUUAUCACCUUAAGUGGGGCUUAUAGUAACGCAGGACUCAAUACUCAACUUAGUUGCAGAACUGAUCGUGCUGGCCUCAUUAGCAACGCUCCAUGGAUUAGAGUGCCUUACCCUUUUCAAUGGGGACAUCCAACUUUUAAUGCAGGGGAGGUAUUCGCUAUGAUGGCUGCUUCUUUUGUCUCUCUUGUCGAGUCCACAGGGACAUACAUAGCUGUAUCGAGGUAUGCAAGUGCAACGCCAAUCCCACCUUCUGUACUUAGCCGUGGAAUCUGUUGGCAGGGCUUUGGAAUUCUUCUCUGUGGAUUCUUUGGAGCAGGAAACGCCACAUCCGUAUCUGUGGAGAACGCCGGUUUGUUGGCGGUGACACGAGUUGGUAACAGAAGGGUAGUUCAAAUCUCAGCAGUGUUCAUGAUCUUCUGCUCCAUUCUUGGUCAUUCUCUUGCUUCUUUACCACGUAAAUUUGGGGCCAUCUUUGCUUCGAUUCCAGCUCCUAUCGUCGCAGCUCUUUACUGUCUACUCUUUGCAUACGUUGGUGCUGGUGGUCUAAGUCUACUCCAGUUCUGCAAUCUAAACAGUUUCAGAACAAAGUUCAUUCUUGGAUUCUCCAUCUUCAUGGGCUUAUCAAUACCUCAAUACUUCUACCAGUACACAACUUCACAAGAUUAUGGUCCCGUUCGCACAAACGCAACAUGGUUCAACAAUACGAUCAACGUUCCUUUCUCGUCUAGAGCCUUUGUUUCCGGGGUUUUGGCGUUUUUUCUAGACAUGACAUUGCCUCCAAAGGACAAUACAACGGAGAAAGAUCGAGGAACCAUAUGGUGGAAACGAUUUAGAUCGUUCAAAUCAGAUAACAGAAGCGAAGAGUUCUACUCUUUGCCUUUCAAUCUCAGCAAUUACUUCCCUUCUCACUGAUAAUAUAAACGACGUAAUACACUUCAAGAAAAGGCGGUUUUUCUUAUCGGUUUAGUGUCUCACAUCUAAUUUUUACUUGUGUCCUCAAAGAAUAGGCGUUGAGUUUGUUUCAAGGAUGUUAAGAACAUGUACUAAGCGCUCCAUUAGAUUCACUUUCAUCCAUCAUUAGAUUUUAACACACGCACCAGUUUCCAAAGUAUUACAAUUUACAAUGAUCAUCAUCUAUUGCUUGAAUUCCGAGAAUGAUGUGC